AUGAACUUGGAGGAAGGGGGUGGCGGGGGUGAGCCCCCUAAUUUAAUCAGCAACUUCAAAAAGACACAUCCCAUCAGCAUUGCUAAGAAAAAAAUGUCUGUAUUGGUGGAAGAUGGGGAACUGUUGUUGCAGGCUCUGGGUGAGCCGUUCCUGUUACAGAGUCUUGUGAACUCAAAUUCGAUAACCAUGUCUUUAAAUAGAACUGUAAUUAAGAAGGAAGAGAAGAUUGAGAAGAAGGAGGAAAAACAGGCUGAAGACAUUAAGAAGGAAGAAAAAGACCAGGAUGAGCUGAAACCUGGACCUACAAAUCGGUCUAGAGUCACCAAAUCAGGAAGCAGAGGAAUGGAGCGGACGGUCGUGAUGGAUAAAUCGAAAGGAGAGCCGGUCAUUAGCGUGAAAACCACGAGCAGGUCCAAAGAGAGAAGCUCCAAGAGUCAGGAUCGCAAGUCAGAAAGCAAAGAAAAGAGAGACAUCUUGUCGUUUGAUAAAAUCAAAGAACAAAGGGAGAGAGAGCGCCAGAGGCAGUGGGAACGGGAGAUCCGAGAAACGGAGAGGCGGCGGGAGCGCGAGCAGCGGGAGCGGGAGCAACGCCUCGAGGCCUUCCAUGAGCGGAAGGAGAAGGCCCGGCUACAGCGGGAACGCCUGCAGCUCGAGUGCCAGCGCCAGCGGCUGGAGCGCCAGCGGCUGGAGCGGGAGCGGAAGGAGCAGGAGCGCAUGCGCGUGGAGCGCGAGCGCAGGAAGGAGCAGGAGCGCAUCCACCGCGAGCGCGAGGAGCUGCGGCGCCAGCAGGAGCAGCCGCGUUACGAGCAGGAACGGCGGCCCGGGCGGAGGCCCUACGACCUGGACCGACGAGAUGAUGCCUAUUGGCUGGAAGGAAAGCGUGUGGCGAUGGAGGACCGAUAUCGUGCAGACUUUCCCCGGCCAGACCACCGCUUUCACGACUUCGAUCAUCGAGACCGGGGCCAGUACCAGGACCACGCCAUCGACAGGCGGGAGGGUUCGAGGCCAAUGAUGGGAGACCACCGGGAUGGGCAGCACUAUGGAGAUGACCGCCAUGGCCACGGAGGACCCCCAGAGCGCCACGGCCGGGACUCCCGUGAUGGCUGGGGGGGCUACGGCUCCGACAAGAGGCUGAGUGAAGGCCGGGGGCUACCCCCUCCCCCCAGGGUUAGUGGGGGUGGCCAUGACUGGGGAGAGCACAACCAGCGGCUGGAGGAGCACCAGGCACGUGCCUGGCAGGGUGCCAUGGAUGCAGGCGCGGCUAGCCGGGAGCACACCAGGUGGCAAGGUGGUGAGAGGGGCCUGUCUGGGCCCUCGGGGCCGGGGCACAUGGCAAGCCGCGGUGGAGUGGCGGGGCGAGGCGGCUUUGCACAAGGUGGACAUUCCCAGGGCCACGUGGUGCCAGGUGGCGGACUGGAAGGUGGCGGAGUGGCCAGCCAGGACCGGGGCAGCAGAGUCCCUCACCCACACCCUCAUCCCCCCCCGUACCCCCACUUCACCCGCCGCUACUAAGUCCCACUCACUGCGAGUUUUCAGGUGGGCAGACGCACUGUUGAAUCUGGUAGCCAGGGUUCCCUCGAACUUGGGGGAUCUUUUUAAAAGCAAAGUAAAUCCUGCCACCGUGUUGUAGCUCAAUACAAUGUGAACUCACUUUUUUUUUUUUAAUAAAUGUGUUCUUGUUCUGCCAUUUUUAAAUCAAGAUUUCUGUUAACGAGGCAUUCCAUUUUCCAUUAAUAAAGUUUACCA